AUGGUUGCAUUUUCACAAACACCUUGGAGUCGUUAUAGAGUUAGAUGCAUAAGCUUACCUGCUCGAUCGCAUCCAUCCACGAUUCGGGUUGAGCAAGAGCUAGCCAAGCUUAGAUCCUUGGAUUCAUCAUCUUUCUCAAGUAUUGAAGCGAUUUGCAGCAGUCUCUCCGGCCUUAUGGAGCUUUACAGAUGCAUAAACGAGGUUCUGAACCGGCCACUGGCCCGACAAGCCCUAGCUUCACACCGACGUGAAAUUUGGGUACAGGAAUUGGUGGAUGACUCCGUUAGAUUCCUGGAUAUCUGCGACAACACGAGAGACGCCGUUCUGGUGAUGAAAGAAAGCAUUCGAGAACUACAAUCGGCGAUCCGACGAAGCAAAUACGAAGAUUCAGGAAUUGAGAACAGCAUCGCUGCAUAUAUCUGCUUGAGAAAGAGGAUCAAACACGAAAGCUUGAAGAAAUCACUGGCAUCGCUGAGAGAAAUGGAUCACACCGCUGGAGCAUCUCCUCCUCUUCAAUUAGAAAACGAAGUAACCGCGGCGGUAAUCAGGGUGCUGAGAGAAGCAAGCUCCGUGACCUCCUCGAUCUUCAACUCGCUUUUGUCGUUCCUCGCCGUGCCGGUGCAGUGGAGGUCGAAACCUAGCCGAUGGACAUUGGUGUCGAGGCUGGUACAGAAGGGAGCGAUGAGCCGCAACAAUCAGACGGAGAGAAUGAACGAAUUGGAGAAUCUGGAGAUGGCGAUCGAGGAGUUGCAGUUUGGAUCGUCGAGUAGAGAUGCAGAAGGGAAGGAGAAGAUUGAGGGGAUUGUUCGAGAGAGAUUGAUGGGGUUGGAUUCAAGCAUUGAGAGAAUCGAACGAGGAACAGAAGGAUUGUUCAGGGAAUUGAUUCACACAAGAGUUUCUCUUCUGAAUAUCAUAACUGAGUGA